GAUGUUGAGACAGGGCAGGAGAAGACCACAUUCAUAGGACACACUGGGGACUGCAUGAGCCUAGCAGUCUCUCCGGACUUCAAGCUUUUCAUUUCAGGAGCCUGUGAUGCCAGUGCCAAGCUGUGGGACAUCCGAGAAGCCGCUUGCCGCCAGACAUUUACAGGCCAUGAAUCAGAUAUCAAUGCCAUUUCAUUCUUCCCCAGUGGGGACGCCAUUUGCACUGGUUCAGAUGAUGCCUCCUGUCGCCUCUUUGACCUUCGGGCAGACCAAGAGCUCAUCAACUUUGCUCACGAGACCAUUAUGUGUGGAAUUACCUCAAUCGCUUUCUCCCGUAGCGGGCGCCUCCUCCUGGCUGGAUAUGAUGAUUUUAAUUGCAAUAUCUGGGAUAGUCUGAAAGCAGAGCGUGUGGGCCUUCUGUCUGGACAUGAUAAUAGGGUGAGCUGUUUGGGAGUAACUGCAGAUGGCAUGGCUGCCGCAACUGGCUCUUGGGACAGUUUCCUGAAAAUUUGGAACUGA